CACUCCGCAUUCGAAACGCAUGGCCGGAGGGCGGGCACCACCACUGUACAUACCCGGAAACGCAACAUGCCCUUAUAGUCUCGCGCCCCCAAUUUUCAAACGUCGAGAAAAGCGAUCAGAUGUACCGACCGUAGCACCCCAAUAUGGCUAGCGACACUCCCUCGCUGCCCCCUACCGAGACCGCGGGCGCGCAUAUUGCUCCUGCAGAAGCGAAGCCCGAGAUUGAAUAUGACGACUUUGGGUUGCCGAUCAGGAAGCGCAGGCCAAAGACGCCUGUAGAGGACAGCUCAGACGAGGAAGAUUUUAAAGAUGCGAUAGCGGAGAAGCCAGAGGUCGCGAGUCAGGUCGACAUAGCAGCAAAGCCGCAGAGCAAGGUCGAGGCAGAGAAGGCAGUAGAGGACAUAGUGGAGCGCGUUAAAGAGAGGAAGGCAGCUGAGGCAGCGGAAGCAGCGGAGGCAGCAGAGGCAAGCCAUGCGCAAGCUGCGUCAGCAACCGUCAAUGGACACGUUAGGGUGGACGAGGUUGAGGUCACGCAAGAAGAGGAGAGCAAGGAGCUGAAGGAGUCGAAAAACGACGUGUCAGAAAAUGUUACCGUGCCAACAACACAGACGAACGUUCCAGAGAAUGUCUCAAAGAUUGAGCACUCAGAGAAGCCCGAGAACGUUUCAUCGGACAACAAGGACACUGCAUCGAGCGAGUCCACCUCGAACGUAGCAACUAUUUCCAACAAACUCGACAAGCCUGUGGAACCACACCGCAAACAGAGCCCUAUCAACGAGUACUCUUACCAGAAUAUCGUUACGCAACCGAAUGCGGAGGAAGAAAAGGAAGAUGACGAUGGCGGCUGGCAGACCAUGCCCGCCUAUGCGCAGUAUGACAUGUACGAUGACAAUAACCGGUUGAUUGCGAAGGAAAAUCCUGAAGAGUUGAAAGACAUGCGUGGUUACGGAAAUGUCGGAGGCGCUGCAAAGGGCUACACCAGGGUUAUCGUCGACGACGAUGCAUGUUCUCAAACGAGUAUGGAUGACAACACUGCCUAUCUUUUCAAAGAGAAGACAACUGCGCUACACGACGAGGAUGAGGCUGUGCGCGAUCCGCUCAUGCAGAUGCAAGCCACCAAGAACCUUCUCACAGAGGGCCAGCGUGUAGCAUAUGUUGGCUUGGUGCGCCUUGCCAUGAUCGUAAUGGAGCGCAAGUUCGACAAGAUCAUCGAAAAGAAAAGCCGCCAGAUCAAGAAGGCGCUCGAUAUGCAGACCGAUACAACCAAGAUGUGGUCGCAGAAAAUGAUGGUCAGGCUGUAUGGGCACAUGGAUAUUAAUACUUCCGAACAGGUCAUGAUCGAGCAACUCACAGAGCACGGUGUGAUCCCUGCAGAUUUGACACCAGCAUUGAUGCAGAAUGCGCGAGUGAAAAAUCCUGCUGCGAAGGUGGCCGAGGAUUCGAAGGAGAAGGAAGAGUCGGGCUCAGCCCGUCCAUCAAUCUCUUCACCACGUCCAGAAGGGCACGACGAGAAGUCGAAGAACGCUUCAUCUACAAGUCUAAACGACUCACUAGCAUCACCGCCACCCCCACCCUACGAAGCGCACGAAGAUGACGACUACGAAUACCCCGAACCCACGACACCGUCACAGCUCCUUGAUAGCAAGAACCUCGAUAUCGAUCUCCGGUGGACCGUGCUGUGCGAUCUUUUCCUUCUUCUUGUCGCAGACUCAGUCUAUGAUUCGCGAUCGCGAGAGCUAUUCCAAGUUGUUGGCAAGUAUCUCAGUGUGGAUUGGCUUGAGAUCAGCCGGUUCGAGAAACGCGUGACAGAUGCCUUGGAAAUACAAGAAGAAGCAAACAAAGAAAACUGGAACGAAGAUGACCACAUGGAGACACGACGAAAACGAGCGCUGCGCAAGCGUCUGGCUUUCAUGGGCCUUGCGACAGUUGGUGGUGGUCUGGUCAUUGGUUUGUCAGCUGGCCUUCUCGCUCCUGUCAUCGGUGCAGGUCUAGCUGCUGGCUUCACAACCAUUGGUGUCGCGGGAACUGGUACUUUCCUUGCUGGUGCUGGUGGAACAGCGGUCAUCACUAGUAUUGCUGUAACGACUGGCGGUACAGUUGGUGUUCGUGCCAUGAAUAGGCGAACCGGUGCUGUGAAGACAUUCGAGUACCGUCCGCUGCACAACAACAAGAGAACCAACCUCAUUAUUACCUUGGCUGGUUGGAUGAGCGGCAAAGCUGAUGACGUUCGUCUGCCGUAUAGUACUGUGGAUCCAAUCAUGGGAGAUAUCUAUUCAGUUCUCUGGGAGCCAGAGAUGCUUAGGAGUAUGGGUGACACCAUCAACAUCCUUGCUACUGAGGCACUCACUCAAGGUCUCCAACAAGUCUUAGGCAGCACGCUUCUGACCGCACUCAUGUCCGCCAUGACCCUUCCUCUCGCCCUCACAAAGCUAUCCUACCUCAUCGAUAACCCUUGGUCUGUCUCGCAAGCGCGAGCCGACAUGGCUGGUCUCAUUCUUGCAGACUCGAUCAUUGACCGCAACCUCGGAACAAGACCGAUCACUCUAGUCGGUUUCUCACUCGGGGCCCGAGUUAUCUACGCCGCUCUGAGGGAACUCCAAGCCCGUGGUGCUUUUGGGUUGGUGCAAGACGUAUAUCUAUUCGGCACACCUAUCGUUGCAAACACGGAAGAAUACAUCAAGAUCCGUAGUGUUGUACCUGGGCGAUUCGUCAAUGGGUAUGCUACCAAUGACUGGAUCUUAGGCUACCUCUUUCGUGCAACCGGCGGUGGUGUCGCCCGCGUUGCGGGUCUCGCACCUGUUGAACUCCCCACAAUUGAGAACAUGAACGUUACCGAGAUGGUACCAGGUCAUAUGGCCUACCGUACGGCAAUGCCCAAACUGCUCCGUGAAGCUGGAUGGCUCGUCGAGUCCGAUGAGUUCGUUGAAAUCGAGGACCCAGACCCAGAAAACCACGAGCAGCGACAGCGCGAGCUAAUCGACGAGAUCGAAGCCGCGCGUCGUGAGUUGGAAAAGAAGAACGUCGAGAAGGAGAAGAAGGGCGGCAAACUCUCCUGGUGGCGCAAGAAGAAGGGCGACAAGAAGGACUGGGAAGUCUACGACAAGAACUCGCAAGCACACGUGCCCAUCGACAAAACCGCCGAUACCGCGACCAUCGCUGAGAACCCCGUCAUGUUCGAUAUUGAUGCGAUCCGCAAAGAGGUCGCUGCGCUCGCAGCCGAAAGCGCGGACAAACCGUAUAACGGCUACGAGGCCGACGCAUUCGAGAUCAAGGAAAUUAAGAGCACACUACCACCGAUGAAAAUCGACAUCUCCGUCGCAUCACCAACAACCACAGGUCCAUACACCGGGCUGCGCCAAACACAGAGCUUCAACGACAGCCUCAACGCCGCAACCAACAGCGGCAAAGCCAACAGCACCGGCGCCCUCACCCCCGCCGUCCGCCUCCCGCCCGGCUCGCAAUUCAGCAACGGCACAAGCGGCACCAAAGACUACGACGAGUACGACGAAUUCGACGACCCCGGCGCAGGAACCGUCUCCAUGACCUUCGACACCUCGUUCAACUCCGCGCCCAAGAGCGCCCCGCGCUCGCCACCCACACAGUCCGCUCCCGAGCGGUCCGCAUGGGACUCGCCCGAAGCCGUACGCAAGGACACCUGGGGCUCGCCCGACGCCGUGCGCAAGGAGACUUGGGACUCGCCGCCGCCUGCGCCGUCGGCCGUUAGUUGGGAGUCGCAGACCAAUGAUGCGCCUGGGCGGCCGCCGCUGCGCAGCGCGACGACGAUGCCGGCGGCAAAUCCGGGGUAUAAUGCCUGGGCGGAUGAGUUUGAGGAUGAUUUCGGGCAGGAGAAGGAGGUUAAGAUGAGUUUCAUGUGAGGUAAUGGAGGUUAUGUGAGACAAUUAAGAUCAUGUGAGAUGAUUGAGGUCAUGAGGGGGGGUGGCUGUUUGGGAUCUUGGGCUUUGCAUGGCUCCUUAUGGGUGGUGUUUUGGUUGCUCUGCGCGGCGCUGUGGUGCUUUGAUUUGUUCUGUCUUGUUCAACGGAGACGGAUAAGACGUGCAUUGGUGGUGUCGCUGUUGUUGGAUCUCAUUCAUUGAUAUUAUUACCAGAGACGUGCUUGGGAGGGAGGAGAGCGGGGUACAUAGUCUGUAUAAUACUAUAACAUACUCUGUCG